UGCUAACAAUAUUUUUUGACACCCUGUAUAUGAUACAUGUGCAUUGAUGCAAUGUUUACAUAUGGCCAGUGUACCCAUCAAAAAAUCAAACAUUAACAAUAUACCAUACAUCUCCAGAAGUUGUAGGCAGAAAUUGCAAGAUGAAGACAGUCAGCUUUAUGAGAAUUUUAUUUCUCCUUGAAACUCGCUCGCUCAUUAAUGCAAUUAACAAACGGAAUCUUGGCACUCUUAACAAUAAUUAUCCUGUGAUAGUGAUCACCUGGGAUUACAAAGAUGCAAUGAAAAAAGCAUGGGAUGUAAUACAUAAUCAGAAGAGAAGUGCUCUGGACGCGAUAGAAGAAGGAUGUUCCCUGUGCGAGGAGCAACAAUGUAGAAAGACGGUGGGAUUUGGUGGCAGUCCAGAUGAAUCUGGAGAAACUACACUAGAUGCUAUGAUUAUGGAUGGGACAAAGAUGGAUGUAGGUGGAGUAGGAGGACUGCGGAAUGUGAAGAAUGCCAUUUCGGUUGCUCGCAAAGUGUUGGAACACACAAAGCAUUCCUUAUUAGUUGGAAGCUUGGCUACAGAUUUUGCUGUGAAUAUGGGAUUCAAGCAGGAAUCUUUACAAACGAAUGAAUCUAAGGAGAUGUGGACACAGUGGAAGACAAACAAGUGUCAACCCAACUUUUGGAAGAAUGUUAUACCAAAUCCAACAAGUAGCUGUGGACCAUAUUGCCCGAGCAACAUAGAAGAUGAUAAAAACGUGUUAAUAGGAAACGAGAAAAAUCAUGACACGAUCGGUAUACUCGCGAUAGACUCACAGAGACGAGUAGCAGCUGGAACAUCUACAAAUGGCGCCAAGUAUAAGAUACCAGGUCGCGUUGGAGAUUCUCCUAUUGCAGGAGCUGGCGCAUAUGCCGAUCAGGACGUUGGUGCAGCUGCCAGUACCGGCGACGGAGAUAUUAUGAUGCGAUUUUUGCCGAGCUUUCUAGCGGUAGAAGAAAUGCGUAAUGGUGCAGCGCCGAACAUUGCUGCUAAGAAGGCAAUAAGCAGAAUCGCCCAACAUUAUCCUAAUUUCUUCGGCGGAGUGAUCGCGUUGAACAACAAAGGAGAAUACGGAGCAGCGUGUAAUGGAAUGUUGGCGUUUCCUUAUUAUGUUGCAAAUCCUAUUUUAGGCCCUAAAUUACAUUUCGUUCAAUGCAGCAAUUAUUCGCAAUAUGAUGGAUUCGAUGAAACUUGUUAAUUUGUACAUCUAUUCAUACUUUAAAAUGAAUUAUUCAAGCUUACCUUUAUAAUAUAAGACUUAAGAAUUUAAGAUAUAAUCUUGUUACUCAUGAACUUUAAACUACAUUAAAUUCGCUUUAAAAAUAUCGUGAAAAAACGUUGAUGUAAACACGAACAUCAAUUGUCAAUAAAAAAAUCACAUCAGUUGUAGCAAUAAUUGAAGAACAAGACCUUUUGCAAAAUUUGCAUAUUAAUUAUAACAGAAUUUAAAAUA